AUGAGACUGGAAAGCUUAUUUAUCUUUUCAAUUUUUAUACUUUUAAUAGUAAAUAGUGCAUGUUUUGCUACAAAUGUUGGCUUUAAUUCAUUUUCUCCAGUUUCUUAUGUACAACAAAAUCAACAAAGAUUAUCUGCAUUAACAAGUUAUAAGAGAAGAAUUGAAGAAUACAAUAGAAAGAUAUUUAGAUUAAAAAAACUAAUAUCCAAGAUAAUACAGACUCAGAAAGAUAAUGCCCAAUCCGGAUUUAAUAUUAACUCAAAUUCCAAAACUAAUAAAACUUUAGAUAAACUUUGUGAUAGUGAUAUUAAUUCUAGUAAAGGAAGUGAUGAUGUUAAUAUUAGUGGUAAUGAUGAACUUGAACGUAAACUUACUGAAGUUGUUAUCUCUUUAUUAGAUGAGCAGACUAAGUUCACAAACAUGUUUUUAAGAAGAAUGAUCAUAUUUUGGAAUCCAAACUUUAAUUUUGGGGUGGAUAUUUCAUCAAAGGUUGAAGUAGAGCGGGGAUUUCUUGAUAUGCUUGGUUUAGGAGAUAAAAGUUUAUGGAGUGGAUCAAAUUGUGGAGGUAAACUUAUCGGAGCUACAGACUCUGAAGAUAGAAUACAAGAAUCUAUACCAAAAUUGAUAGAUCUUGCACAAUUAUAUAGAUUUUCAAUGGUAUAUAAUUAUAUCCAUAUAAUUGGUUCUAUUUACAGACAUACCAAAAAUUUUGAUAGGACUGUCAGGUCAAGACUUAGAUUAUUUAAGAACAUGAGAGAAAGGUUAAUAAAAACAAGAGAUUCUUUAGCUUUGACGUUAAAUACUGAUUUGCCUAAUGAUGUUGACUUACCUUAUCCAAGAUCUCCUCCUUCUUAUUUGAAUGUUGGCGAAAACUGUAAUGAAGAUAUAUAUAGGCAAAUUUCAAAAGAGAUUGCUUUUUUCAAGAAAGUUCAGGAUGAAAAUAGAGAGUUAUCGGUUAGGAUUCGUGAUGGACCCUGCAGAAAUCAUGAAGUUACCGGAUGCACAUUUUGUGAAAUUAAAAAGGUCUGUUUAUCCUUGAUUGAAUGGGCAUUUAACGAUAUUCAAGCGGACUUAAUUAGAUUAGAUAGAGAUUUGAAACUUUGUAUUGACUCAAUUCAACGGAAUGGUGGUGUUAAUGCUCCACCCGAUGCUAUGUUUAAGAGUGAAGAAAGUUCAGAUUUAAGUUCAAGUGAAAUUUUAGAUGAGUCUGGGGAAUCCAUAUUUAGUUAUGAAUGUGAUGAACAGGAUAAUUCUCAAGAAGAAAUGACAUUAACUUCUAAUACUUAUGAAGAUGGCUUAGAAGGUAGUGAAGAAUCAUUAGGAACUUUCACUCAAAUAAAUCCAACUAGUAAACAUUCAGAUAUAAAAAGAUACAAAAGAAGAUCUUCUCAUCACAGAACAUCUAGAACUUCAAAAAGAAGGGGUAUUAAAUCAAGGAGAACGAACAUGAGUUGGAAACUUAAAAGUCUUGAGGCUGAUCCACUGUCCAAGAAUGAUAAUAAAGAAAGUAGUAACGGGACAAAUUGCCCCCAAAAUAAUGAAACACAAAUUACAGGUUCUAAAAGCAAUGAUUACUCAGCUUCAACUUCAGUUAAUGAUGACAUAAAUUCUAAUUCUAAGUUAAACACUUCCUUGGAUAUACAACAGAGCCGUGACUCCAAAAGAAUCACUUCUGGAGAAGAUUGGAGGCAUGCCAACGAGGCAAGCAGGUCAAAAGUCUAUUCUCCAUCUUAUGGCUUCUCGGAUUCAGAGUCUGAGUCAGAGAAUGAUCCAGAUACACCUAUAGACACUACCAGCAAUAGCCAUAAUACAGAGUUUUCAAACUCAGUUGUUCGUCGUAAUAUUGGAAAUUGUGAGAACAAAAGAAACAUUCCAUCAGCUAAUGUUGGUAUUUCAAGGACAUCUGAAACCAUAGACACGCAUUCUCGGCGAACUCGCUUAACUAAAAGAAGAAGAAGUAGGAGGAAGUAA